UCUCGCCCCGCUGGGAAAGAAGAAAAUAAACCUCUUGCUGCUAACCAGGCUAGUUAUGGAACCAAACCUUUAAACACUCAUUUUGCAACCAGCGACUGGCUGAGAGGUGCUUUUUUUACCUGGAAGACAAACACUGGGACAGUUCGGCUUUCGGUACGCCUCUCCUUCUUAAAAAGUCAAGUUGAAGACGCCAGGAGAAGGAUAUCAUUAGCGAGCUAACUGGGGCUAACCGGAGCCGAGCAGGGGGGGAGCAUUGGAUGAACUUCGCCUGGACUGACUGCUGCGACUGUGGGAUAAUAGCAGCCUGUCUUGACUGCAAGCUUUCUUUUCGGUUCCUUUUUCAGCAUGGGAGUGUGAUGCUACUUUAAUGGACUCUAUCGCCUCGGAGCUGGAAGGCGAUACCUGUGCGCAAAUGUUGUUUUGGAGGGUUUACGCCAUCACGUUAUUGAUUUGGAAGCCCAUUGGCAAGCUAACAGGAUAUUAGCCACCUCUCUAUCUCACUCCGCUUUGUGGUUGCAGGCCACGGACUGAAAAGCAUUCAUCACCGACGGAGUGAUGGGAAGGCUGGCUUGAUGGCAGCUAAUUAUUUAUCGGGAAGCGAUAAUUGGAUACGACUAAACAGACAAAAGGAGCGUUUGAUUUGAUUUAGCCUUCAAGUAAUUCAACCCCUCCUCUCUUUCUCUCUCUCUCUCUCUUCGUUUUUUCUUUUUUUUUUUGUUAUACGUUUGAAAAUGCGUCGGAGUGUUGAAGCUUUUUCGAAGUUGGGAUAGAAGAGACGCACAAGAGAAACAGAAGGGGUUCCCACUAAAGUCAUCCCAGGAAAAAGUAGUUGUUGUUUUUUAAUUAAAGGUUGAAUGAUCAUGUCUGCCGCAAAAGAAAACUCCUGUAGGAAAUUCCAGGCCAACUUCUUCAAUAAGAGUAAAUGUCAGAACUGCUUCAAGCCGAGGGAGCUUCAUCUCCUCACGGAUCAAGAUUUGACCCAGGCUAAACCUAUUUAUGGUGGAUGGCUGUGCUUGGCCCCCGAGGGAACCGACUUUGACAAUCCUAUGCAGAGAUCCCGGAAAUGGCAGAGGAGAUUCUUCGUGCUGUACGAACACGGCUGUUUGCGCUUCGCCCUGGACGAGUCGCCGAGCACGCUGCCUCAAGGCACGGUCAACAUGAACCUCUGUACGGAUGUCAUCGAUGCCGAGCCCAAGACGGGCCAGAAGAACUCGCUGUGCAUCAUCACCCCAGAGCAGGAAUACUUCAUCAGAGGAGAGAAUAAAGAGAUCAUUAAUGGGUGGAGCGAACAGCUGGUGGUGUACCCCCGAACCAACAAGCAGAACCAGAAGAAGAAACGCAAGGUGGAGCCUACAACCUCCCAGGAGCCGGGUCCAGCCAAGGUAGCGGUGACUGGCUCCGGUAUCCCCGAGGCCGAGAAGGUUCCGGACUCUAGCUCCAUCAUCUGGCAGGAGGAGCUGAACCAGAGAGAGGCUGAAGGGGCCGCAGUCUGGGCCGCUGCUGAACUGCCCCCAGGAUCACCGCUGCCACCUAUAGGAGACGGUGCGUCUGUGGGUCAGGGGUCGGACGCGGGAUCAGUGAACGGCGACGAGACGGACCGAGCCGGCCUGCCCCUGCACGGUUCUGUCCCACAGCCCCCCAGCGACCUGCUCUCCCCGACAGGCUCCUGCUCCAGCCUCGGGGGCGUCCCCCGCUGCCUCUCUCCGGCCCCCAGCGACCCCUUCCCCUCCGGCAGCUCCCUGCUCUCCAACGGCUCCCACAUCAGCGGCUCCGUCAGCUCGCUGGACUCGGACGCCAGCGGCAGCACGGUGACCAGCACCGACAGCCACCCGGCCACCCACAGGGGGGGGCACGGGUACAGCCACCACGACACGCCCAGAUCCCGGCGGCUGGAGGCCGAGGCCAGGAAGGCGGAGAAGAGGGGCCGGUUCAGGAGUCCCGACAGGCAAGAGAGGGAGGCCGUUCUCAGCCCCGAGAGGAGUCGCUCCGGUGUCAUUGAGAAGCUGGAGGCCUUGGAGCUGGAGAACCCGGAGAAAAUGGAGGUGGAGGAGUCGGGGCGGGGCGCGGCCAGGCAAGGCCGGAGCGAGCACAGACGCUUCAACAGAGAGGAGCAGAGACAUGACGUGGGUCAGGGUCUGGAUUUCCCCUCCACCCUGCCGCCUCUGAGGAGAGCCAAGUCCCUGGACCGAAGAACCACCGAGUCAGUCAUGACACCUGAUUUACUGAACUUCAAGAAAGGUUGGAUGGUGAAGCUGGAUGAGCAAGGCCAGUGGAAGAAAUACUGGUUUGUGUUGACGGAUCACAGCCUACGAUACUACAAGGAUUCAAUAGCAGAAGAGGCCUCUGACCUGGAUGGUGAGAUCGACUUGUGUACUUGCUACAAUGUCACUGAAUACCAGGCUCAACGCAACUAUGGUUUCCAAAUACACACCCAGGAGGGAGUCCACACUCUGUCGGCCAUGACGGCAGGUAUACGGAGGAACUGGAUCCAGGCAGUCAUGAAGAACGUCCGACCCUCCACUGCUCCUGAUGUGGCAAGCUCGACUGAGGAUCAUGGUUCCUUCUCUGCUUUGGAGGGUCUGGUCAGGCCAGACAUCACCCAGGACUCUCCCUCUUCUGAAGCCUCAUCCGUGGAUAGAGAAUCCAUCCCGGGCGUCACAAAGAGCCGGGCGCGCGAGCGUCGGCGAGAAGGCCGCUCCAAGACUUUCGACUGGGCCGAGUUCAGACCCAUCGCUCAGGCUCUGGCUCAGCAGCGGGCGCAGGAAGCCGAGAGCCUCCACGCGGACCUGGGAGAGCUCGACCGUAGUCGGAGGAGGGAGGAGAGGCGGAAGAGGUACGAGUCGGUGACGUCGACGGAUCCCACGUCGCCUAAAGAAGGAGGGAGAACAGACUUUGAUGGCGGAGAGGGAGUGGGACACACGGGGCCCGAGUUGUUACCGCCUUCGCCUGUGGACAGGCAGCAGAGGGUGGAGGAGGUGAUCGAACAACACUGGCGGCAGGUGGAGAAGACACCAGUUCGGGACGAAAGGAGGGUGCCUCUGCCUUCUACACUGCAAACCAGAGACACUGCAGAGCUGGAGCAGCUGUUAGACAAUUACAAGCAAGGGAUGGAAGACCUGAAGUCACAGUUGGAGAGCUGUCACCAGCAGCUUCUCGACUCCAACAAGCACAAGCAGGAGCUGGAGCUCCAGCUGAGAACGGCUCUGGAGAGAGAGCAGGACGUCCGGACAGGUUACAUCUCUCCGCUGGAGCACCCUUUGGGUCUGGAGGCUGAUGUGACGCCCCAGACGAAGAGGCCAGAACUGGUUAGUUCUCAAGCACAGAGUUUAACAAAGAAGUACCAGGAGACCAAAGAGCUCCUGAAGCAGCAAGAGUUGAAAAAGCGCAAUAUGCAGGCACAGCUUGGCCUCUCGCUUUCUCACCACUCCAUCAAGGAACCUUACUUUUCUGAACCCCAAAAAACACCCAUUGCGGAAGGCCCUUUCCCAGAACCUGUCCAAAAAACAGUUAGCUUCUUGCUCCAGGAUAGCACAGAGGCAAUUCAAGAACUAGAGGACUUGACAACCGAUAGAACUCUGACUCUGAAGGAGCUGUCGAAAUUGUUGAAAUCCUUUAGCUGUAGCCAAGAGACAGCAGAGAGACCUCAAUUUCAGAAGCUCUUAGAGACCUGGAAAUAUCAACAGGAGUUAGAAAACGAAACAAUAAAAAAGAGUUUAGCUAGGGCAGGAGAAAGCAUCCGUGAAUACGAAGCCCGUCUUCUGAUCAUGGAGGAUUUGUUUAAGAAGGUUCAGAAGCAAACCUUUGAAACCCUCAAAAGCCCUUAUGGUCCCCUCUCGAAAAUUGAUAACCAUUCAGAGACAAAUGAGAUGACCAUUGGAAUGCUCUCCCAGAGGGUCGAACUUUUAACAAGUGAAAACGGGGCAUUGAAACAACGAUGUCAGGAGAUAGUGAACCAGCUGACUGAGGCUGACAGAGAAAUUGACAGACUGAAAGCUGAGCUGAUCAGCCAGCAGGGUGGCAAACAGCAUCAUCUUGUCAUGGAAGAGCUGAAAAGAUUGAAAGCUGAACUUGCCGAAAACCAGGCGAACGCCAUAGACAGGGAGUAUUAUGAAAGGGAGCUUAAUGAGAAAUCCUUGAGGCUCCAUGAAGCUCUGGUAACAUUGGAGGAGCUUGGCAACACACUAAAAGACACUGAAAAGAAGCUGCAGCUGAAAGAGGCCACGCUGAAAGGUCUGGGAUUCCAGACAGAUUUUGAGGACGAGCCGCUACACCUGGAGAAAGAUCAACUCAAAGAGCUACUUGAAACCUCACAAACAAGGUUAUUUGAGACGGAGGUGAACCGUCAGUCUAUAGAGCAGCGCUGUGUAGAACUUGAAGCCAGGAACAAUGAACUAAUCUUACUACAACAGGAAUCAGAGGAAGUCAGCAGAGAGAAGCUAAGAGAAGCAGAAAACGAAAUAAAGAUGCUACGAGAGAAGUUAGAAAUGUCAGGUAGAGUUGAAAAGACAGUGCAUGUUAGUGAGUGUGUUGAGGUUGGAGAGAAGCAGGUUGAUGAUAAAGGUCUUAUGAAGCAAGUAAUAGAAGAGAUUGAGAUGAAGUCCGAGGCGACUAAUCAGGUUUUAGGCAUGUUAGCAAAGGUAGCUGUUAAUGUAGAGAAAAUGCUCAGUGAUUUAAAAAGCACUUUAUUUUUCAAAGAGCACCUUGGUUCCUCGAAAGAAGAGCCAUUCUGUGUGAGUCGGAAAGACAUGAGGUUGGUAUUAGAGGGAGAGUUCUGGAGUCGGUUGUUGGGUACCAUUGAAAUAAAACCAGAGGAAAACAAACACAGCUGUGAAAGAGGUGUGGCAGAACAGAUGAUGGCUCAGAAGCGCUUGAUGCUCUUGAUUAGCACGAUUUGUCCUAAAGCAAAAGUUGAGAGCGAGAUACUGGCAGAACCAGAUUUUGCGUCUAUGUACAGCUGGCUUGAUGAUGACACAAAUACCCUUAUUCUUAAAGAGUUAACAGAGAACUUGGAGGAAAAGUCCUACUUUUUGACGCAGAUUGCAUCCAGGGUGAAGUUGGCCAAAGAUGACAAGCUUUUGUCUUUGGCUCUUGCAAGCUUUGAUUCUGGUCGAGAACAGAAACAUUCUGAAUAUCUGAUUGAUGCCCUAAAAGAAGCUUACAUGUUGUAUAUGAUUAUUAGGCUCAAAGUCCAGCAUGAGAAAGAGCUACAGCAAAAGCAGAGAGAAGUUCAGGUCGGUGGCUCGGACUGUGCAAACUGUCCUAAAUUGAGAGAGGUUGUCAGAGAUCUCCAGUCCAAACUGGCAGAGCUUCAUAGUCAACUAUCUGAGGCAUCUUUGAAAGCCACCUCAGCAUCACAAACUCUGAUCCACAUUGAAGGGGAGCCCAUAGACUCAGUGGAUAAAACCAUUGAGCUUCAAAACGUGAUAGCCAGUCAUAGGAAGGAGCUUAGAGAAGUCAAAGACAGCUAUGAGCAGGAAGCUGAAAAGUUGAGGCAGGAAAUUGUGAAGGCUAAUGAGACACUGCGGCUCCGCUCAGAAGAAAACGUCAAAGAGAUCGACUCACUGACGAACUGCAUGGAGAACCUGAAGAAGAAGCACGAGUUGGAACGAAUGAGCCUCAUGGAGAGGUUUGACCGGGAAAUGGAGGAGUUGAAGAGCAUGAUGAAUCCGCCAAACCCAGACAGGACCUCGACUGAAGAAGACAGACCGUCACAUCAGCACACAUCCAACCUCAAAGAACGUAUUCAAGAGCUGGUGACCCAAGUCUCAGUCAUGACCGAAGAGAUGAGGCGGCGCGAAGAGCAGGGCGACAUAACCACUCUUCGGCUGAAAUACGAGAAAGACCUGGAAAACCUGAAGGCCACCUGUGAGAGGGGCUUCGCUGCCAUGGAGGAGUCCCAUCAGAAGGUGAUAGAUGAGCUGCAGAGGAAACACCAGAGAGAGCUGGAGAACCUGCAUGAGGAGAAAGAGAGAUUGCUGGCAGAGGAGACAGCAGCCACCAUCUCUGCAAUUGAAGCAAUGAAAAACGCCCACCGGUCAGAGCUGGAGAAGGAGCUGGACAAGGCUCGCAAGGCCAACAAUAACGUAGAGAAUGCAGACAUGGAGGAGAUUCGCAGACAGCACGAGGAGGAGCUGUGUUCGUUCCAGCGGGAGAUCGAGGUGUUGUCGGAGCAGUAUUCCCAGAAGUGCCUGGAAAACGCCCACCUGGCCCAGGCGUUGGAGGCCGAGAGGCAGGCCCUCAGGCAGUGUCAGAGAGAGAACCAGGAGCUGAACGCACACAACCAGGAGCUAAAUAACCGUCUGGCAGCAGAGAUCACAAAGAUGCGCUCCAUGACAUCAGAGGAUGGAGUAGGAGACACAAACACUACAAUACAGGGGAAAGAGCUCUAUGAGUUGGAGGUGAUGCUGAGGGUGAAGGAGUCUGAGGUUCAGUACCUGAAGCAGGAAAUCAAUUCUUUGAAAGAUGAACUACAAUCUGCCCAAAGAGACAAGAAAUAUGCAACAGAUAAGUACAAGGACAUCUACACCGAGCUGAGCAUCGUCAGGGCCAAAGCAGAACGGGAUCUGGGCCGGCUCAGAGACCAGCUGCAGCUGGCUCACGAGGCACUAGGGGAGCCUUCGCUGGAGGAGGUGGAGAGAGGAGGAUAUGAUAUUAUGAAGUCCAAAAGCAACCCUGACAUCCUGAAGAUGGCAGCUGCUGCAGCCAAACGCUCAGAGCGCACCAUGAGGUCAAAGAGUCUAAAGGAAGGGCUGACGGCUGAGCAGAGACUCCACCUGUUUGAAAAUAAAGACACUAAGGAGUUCUGACAGUGACGCAUCAUGUCUACCUACCUUGCUGCAUGUUUAGAAGCCCACUAUAUUUUAGCU